AUGGAUAAGCGGUGUUUAGUGAGAGACUUCGCGUGCAUUCUAUGUCAGCGGAUUUGUAACAUUCCCGUUGCGACCACGGUAUGUAUGCAUAGGUUUUGUGAGAGUUGCAUGAGUCCACGAAUAGCGGCUGGCAAUCUGAGAUGUCCCCGGUGCAACAUGCAGCUCGAUCAAAAUCAGCCUGUUUGUCAUGAUUCCAAUUUUCAGGAUAUUAUUACAAAAAUAGAUUUUGACUUGAACACCGUUCAUGAUUUGAUAACACGAAAACCUCAUUCCGCUUGUGAGUUUUCGAGUAUUACUAGUGAUGAAGAAUAUAUGGAUAUGUGCGGUGUAUCUGAAGAACGUCGAAAAAUUAUAAGAAAGAAGACAGCACCCCAAAGCAGAAUAAAUCCGUUAGCUGCUGAACACGCAUUCUACUGGGACCGGAAAUUCCAAGGGAGUAAUGCGUUGGUGCAGCGAUAUCUGAAGAAGAUGGGCUUGCCACACCAUGAUCCUCCUCUUCCUUUACCAAAGAUUCCCGAACACGAUGGAGGUGAAGUAGAGGAACGACGACCGUUUCGUAUUUAUGGCAAUCUGAUUAACCACGUUCCUCCUCCUCUACGUGAUAAGCGGAUCAGAGACGGUGCUAGUGGAGGUUACGAUGCUGAGUACAAGCUGUUUGAGUGCAACAAAGAUCACGUUUGGCCAACAAUUGAAAAGAAAGAACCCAACAGAUUUGGCAUUACUGCCGAAUAUCGAAAGAGCCUGGUGAAAACGCGGCGAGUGCUCCGACCAAAACCAUUGAAGACUGCUACCGAAAUUGCAGCUAGUGAGUGUACCGAAGCGGAAUCCGAAGAUGACAAACCAGUCACUAGCGAAGGAAAAGCUAAACACGAUCCGCCAGAGAAAGUGGAGGCUGAGGUGGAUGUUUUUCUUGAGAAGGAGGCGACUGGAGAGUCGUCGAGUAACGGAUCGGUAGACUCGGAAGAUGUGAAUGAUAUGAUUUGCAACGAAGAGGAGCUUUACUUCAAACUUCUCGAGCAGUACCUGAACGCCAUCAUUUAUUUCUUAAUCGACAAGCGACGCGGAAUUGUGGAAGUGGUACUGCGGCCGAAUCGUAAUCCGAAGUCAUCGUCACGCAUAAUCUCCACGCGGGAAUUGUCGUCGUUUUAUUUGUUUGUGGAUGAAGCUGCCACUGUAGCUCACCUACAACAGUUUCUUCUUAUGCGAAUCCAUAGUCAGUACCCGAAAACGGAGCGACGCGUGUCAAUACUCAUUAGUAAAAUCUUAUGGGAAUGUAAGGCCGCUCGUUUGGCAAUGUUGCAGUGUGCGCGUUCGGUCAGUUAG